AUGACAGAGGAGGCAGAGGCUCUGGUUGAUCCUGACUUGGCUAACGGGCUAUCCAUGGACAAGGGGGAGGUGAUGGAGAUGCAAAGAGGGGCGGGGGAGGUGGAAGCGAAGGAAGUUCGGCCGCAGGAGGAGAGCAUGGAGGAGGACGGCGUCCACACGAGCGGGGUCUACGCUGAGCUGACCUCCCUCGGGGAGCGAUGGCAGAGGAUUAUGAACCAGGUCCUUCUGUGGCUGAACCAGCCGCUUGCUCUCAACCCCCGAGGAGACUUCGUCCGUCUCGUGCGGUACCUCAGCUACCUAUGCGCAUUGUGGACCUCCUUGUCCUCCCCCAUGCUCCUGGCCUUCGAGUUGCAGACUUCUUCCUCUCCUUCCUCUCUCUCCUCUUCGUCCUCCUCCCCACCUCGUUGGCGCUCAUGGGUUCCACCUGUGAUCAUCCUCAGCACCAUAGCCGACGUCGUGCUCAUGUUUGAGAUGCUAGUCGCUUCCAUCACCUCCUUCCCCUAUCACCUCGACUGCGGGGCCCAGAAGAAGAUGCAGAGAGACGUGAUCAUCUGCAUGAAGCAAUACGCGCGCACAUGGCUCCUCCUCGACGCCUUCUCGGCGUUCCCGGCUGCCUUCCUGCUCUACUCGGUCGUCGGGGUAGGCGGGAAGCUCGGGCGCGUGCUCGAGGCGCUCCUCCUGCUCAAGGGCGUCAGCUUCUUCCGCCUGUACGCUAAGGUUCACGAGUGGGUGACGCGAGUGGACACGACCAUGUGGCUGUGGGUGAGGCUGGGGGCUGCCGCGCUCAUCGCGCUGGGAAUGUCUUGGCAAUGGAGCGCAUGCGUCUGGUUGUCAACGGCGAAGGGGGCGGGGGAGGAGAUGGAGGCGUGUAACUCGACCAACAGGACGGGGCCUGCGGUACUGCUGGUAGUGGAGGAGACGACAGCGGUGUGCCAGUCAAGGUGCAGCAACAGGACAACGCUAAUGAGGCUGGAAGGACUGGAGCACAAGUACUUCUGUUCGCUCCUCUGGUCGCUCCGCAUCCUCACGCUCUCGUCGAGCGCAGAGUCCAUCCCCCAGUCGCACGGAGAGCGCAUGGUGGAGGUGUUUGCCAUCUUCUUCAGCGUCGUCUUCGGGCUGGCGUAUGUGCUUGCCAAGCUCUUCAUCCUCCACCGCUCACGGAAGACCCUCGCGCACGAGUUCCUCCUCCGGACCAUCCAUCCCAUGUUCCACUUCCUUGAGCUGCGCUUCAGAGAGGAAGGGAGGAAGACGGGGAUUGCUGAUCUCGCGUGGCUGCCUCCUGCUCGCUCGACGCGGCUGCUCAAGAGGAGGAUGCAGUUGUUCUACGACAACCAAGUCCAUCACCUCCAUGGAUCCUCUGACCUGCUCGUCCUCGCUCCUCCUUGGCUCCCCUCCCGCCUCCGUGUAGCUGCCUUCCUAGAGCUGCAUGCUGCCUCCCUGCUCUCCAUCGACUACCUCGCCCAGUGCGUCAGAUGCGCCGCAUGGAAUGUCGAUGCUCGAGAGAUCUGCCAGAUGGGCAUGGAUCGCCCGUUUUCAUGCUCCCCGUCGGAGGGAAGUCAAGCCCAGCAGCUUAUCGAGUUCAUCAUGCUGAACGCGCGAGUUGUCAACAACCAGCCCGACGACCUGAUGGCCUUCCCGCACAUGACAUUCACCUCCCUCUCCAUCCUCCUCCGUGGGAGGGUGCACGUGGCGGAUGCCAGCAUGUGGCACGAGGAGAGAGGAGAGCGAUCGAUCUGCAGUUGGCCAAGGUUCAACAGACAGAACCUCCUCUACACUGAUAUGGAGGAGGAGGAGGAGGAGGAGGAGAACGUUCAUGCAAGGAGGAGGAUCAAAGGGGAGGAGGUGAGGGGCGUGCCGCAUGGUUUCGGGGGGAGGGUGGAAGGAGGAUGGGAAGCGUUGGCAGGAGCGGGAGCGUCGUGGGGCGAGAGUCUCUGCCAGCAGGUUGGAAACAAGAGCUCGAGGGUGCAGGAGGUUGUCGCCAAGUUCUACAUGAGCGACGACAAGUGGAGCAUGGAGGGGGUGGAGGAAGCGUCAGUGGUGCCGGGGACGGAGGUGCGGGAAGAGGCGAGCGCUACCAAGGACGAUGGCUUGAGAGAGGAGGAGCUGGAGCUGGAUUUGCUGGAGAGCAGUAUGGAGCAGAGCAGGGAAAGAAGGAGGGGGGCAGUACCCUUCAAGGCUGGUAACCUGACUUACGGGGAUUUUCACUCGUCUUUGGUGUCCUGUGGUUGUGCGACUGCGUACACCGAGAAGAUGAAAUAUUUGUCUACAGGAGGGAUCCUUGAUACUCAGAGGUUCGAGGUUUCGACGUUUCAACGGGCAGUUUCCCUUCUACCGGAAGCUCAGCUGAGUUUCUCGAUGUUUGCAAACACAUAUACCUCCUCCCUCGUGCUCAGCGCAGGAUUGCUGGAGGAGAUGGCAGAGCGCUUUCCCGUCUUCGUCGCAGUUGGGAUGGAAUGGGCAAUGAAACGGAAGAAGCUCAAAGACAGGUUGAAGAAACUAGAGGAUCUCCGCGUCAAGCAGGAACUGGAGGAGAGAGCGCUUCGGUCUCUGUGUCGCCCUGGAGCAGGAGGCAUCCUCGUCCCGGUGCAUCCCGAGGCUCCUGACCGCAGGAAGCUUGUGCUGGAGAAGUUCAUCAGCCUGUGGGAGGAAGCGUGUGUUGGGCUGGAGGAGAUACGAAGACAGAACGAGGUCCGAGGGUCGGACGUAUCCUACCGAGCGCCCCUCACCUCGCUACAGCGGCAGAUCGUAGCGAGCAAGAGGAGGCAAGUGGAAAAGCUGCAGGAGGAGGAGGAGGAGGAGCACACAGAGCAGCAACUCCUCGACGUCGUUCCCUCAGACGCUCCCGGCCGGCGCUUGUCAACUAUGUCAGUCCGCCCUCUCGCCAGACAUUCCACCAUCUUCAACUUCUUGAAACUGCCAGGAGAGUCAACAUGA